UGUGAUGAAUCAUAAGGUCAAAGCCUGAAAUUCCUGGAUUAUGUUCUCUUAGUUUAGUUAGCAAAAUAUAAAACGUUGAUCUAAAACAUAUGAUUAUACCAAGUUAGAAGAAGGAGCAUGCAGAUGUCAGCAAAUGCCAUUUUAUAGAGGACUGUUAUACACGUAAAGAAGAAAAUUGAUCAGAUAAAUGAAAUUGUGUAAAACAUGCUCGCUUACAUCUUCAUAAAUCAUUUGUUGUGUUUUUAUUUCCGGUUUCACUCAUUUCCUUCCACUUUAAGCACUUCUCCUUUCAGCUGGGCUGCAGCGCUUCUACCGACAUCCCUGUAGAGACUCGGAGACCAAAGUGUCCCGCAGUCCAUAAGUGUCUCUCUGUCUCAGUCAGAGCUGCCUCCUUUAGAACAAGAUGAUCCUUCUGCUCGGUCUGCUUUGCUCCAUCAGGGGAGAACCUGCUCUGGGUGUGGAGGAAGACAGAGGUUUCAGUUUAGAAGGGGACCUCCACCAGCUCGCAGUGAGCAAUGAAUCUGUUUACAUCUCUACACAGGAGAAGCUUUACCAGCUGAGCCACGACCUGACUCUGAUCAAUAGCCUGAACCUAAGAGGGAUCUUAAAGAACCCGGGUCAACAGAACGGAGAUGAGUUUCAUCGGGUCUCAAUGAAUGCUGACUGGAAUGCAACUUUCAUUGUAAAUGUUUUAUUACCUUUUGUGAAAAAUGAUACAAUAAUCAUCUGCGGUGCGACAGACAAGGGCUGUGGUUACUGUGAGGUUCUGGACCUGAGGAACAUCUCUAAGCUUGUGUACAGAGAACCCAUCCAGGUGGGACCUCGGAGGAACAGCAGAGGUUCUGUCAACAUUUUGGUGGAUGUGAAGAAGGAUUCAGUUCAGACUGAGACGUAUAUUCUGACUGCGAUCCAGAAAGACAGAGAGAAGCAAGAGAAAACAAAGUGUCCAUCUGACUUAAAGACAAUCAACCUUCAAAACACAGAUCAGGAACAGUCUGGUGGGAUAUUUUCUUUGUCUGAGGAAGGAGAAACACCUAACAUUCAAACUGAGGCUGGUGUCGAUUUUGUGGAUGGAUUUCAGAUCAGUUCAACAGUGUUUCUGUUCUCCAACGUGGCAUCAGGAGCUAAAACCAACAAAGUCCGUCUCAUUUGGCUUCAAGCUGGAACCAGUAAAGCUCAGACUCUAAAGUCUCUCCGUGGAGCGACUCUCAGUAGCUCUAAUGGAGGUAAUGGCAGCAGACUGCUGGCCUCCUCGGUCAUCCCAGGAGGAGAGCAGGUCUUUUGGAGCGGAGUGUUCAGUUUGGACGGGAAAGAGACCAACACUGAGCUGCUGCUAUUUGACAUCAGUCCUGAUCAAAGCAAGACAGCAGACACCGAUCCAGACUUCUAUUACUCAACAAACAAGCCGGUAAGUCACAGUAUUUAA